CAAGCUAUAGCGAAGUAGCGACAUCAGCAAAGAGCCAACUGCGCCUCAUGAGCCUGCCUCCUCUUCCAAAUGUGAUAAAACUCAGCUCAGAGGCCCAUUACGCGGCGAUAGAAGGAACAUUUUACAUCUCACUCGAUUUCCUUUACGCACAGGGCCGCGGUGAGUGCGUACCAACGCAGCGGUAGAUGGAGGUCACAAUGGGAACAAAGCGGUGUGGCACAACUACUCCUGGUCGCUCUAUUUCGUGAGUGACGGCGUCAGCUGCGGAGCUGUUAGAAGAAUCUUCUCAUGGGAUUUGGCGGUUGUGAGGCGCCUGAUCUGGAGGCAACGUGAGGAGCACACAUACCUCCAGAAAACGGGGCACUACAAGGUUUUCCCUUCGUGCACCUGACAGCUGCCGAAAAGCUGACACCGCACCGGUGAGUACCGGCUGGUAAGAGAAGUCACCGGGAGAGGAGAAUUUUUUUUUCAUCCAAGCACAAGCAGGCAGCACCUUCAAAGCGAAACGGCUGUGGGUACGUAGCAUGGGAGCGCUAUGUUGUCCAGGAAAGGACUCAUUCCUGAAGAUUACUUGCUUACACGUUUGGCCGAGGAUGUUCUGCAGCCCAAGUUCAAGGCGAAAGCGGGGAAGGCUCGGUUCGUCUCCAAGAACGGCACAUGCAAUGUGGCGCAUACCAACAUCCGAGAGCAGGGCCGAUUCUUGCAGGAUGUGUUUACCACGCUCGUGGAUUUAAAAUGGCUUCACACGCUCAUCAUUUUCACCAUGUCGUUUCUGUGCAGCUGGCUCCUUUUUGGAAUGAUCUGGUGGCUCGUCGCGUUUGCGCACGGCGACUUGGACCAGAGCGGAGACGACUUUAUCCCGUGCGUAACGGAUAUUCACUCCUUCUCCUCCGCGUUUCUGUUCUCUAUAGAGGUCCAAGUGACCAUCGGCUUCGGGGGCCGGAUGAUCACGGAGGAAUGCGUCUCCGCUAUCAUCAUUCUGAUCAUGCAAAACAUCGUCGGGUUGGUAAUCAACGCCAUCAUGCUUGGCUGCAUCUUCAUG